ACUUAAACCAAUCAUCCUCUGGUUCAAAAUCUAUAUCCUUGUCAUUCCGCAUCUAGCCCACCAGCCCUUGCCUCAAUCUCCAGAGUAACAAACUCCUUCACCUUUUUCCUUCAACCUCCACUGCUUGCUUGUUGCUUUUUGCUUGUGCUCGUGCUCGUGCUUGUGCUUGUGCUCUCUCAUCCCACCAACCUCAUGCAAGCACCAACAAUUUAUUAUAUGCAAUCAUAUCGACAAAUUUGGUAGUACUCAACCACGCAACGAUGGAAUAAUCCAAACUUUCUCUUUUCCCAUCUCUUUUACAUUUUGUAUCCGCAUUCGUUCAUACUCUUCAGUAAUAUCCUCUCUUCUAUAAACCAUCAGGUGGUGGCGAUCUCAUUGCAGCCCUUCCUUUUUUGGAAUACCCUCAAACUUUUGAUACGCCUUCUUCAUAAUCUCCAUAAUCUUCAUACAUAGAUCUAUAAAAUCUAAUUCAAUAAUACGUGCGUGCACGUUAAUACUUGAUUCGCAUAUGAUGCAUCAUGGGUUGUUGUUUUUCCAGACCCCGCACUGAAUACUCUGCUGGAGCUGGUGCUUCCUCUUCUCAAGCAAUCGCAUCGUCCUCGCGACCUCAAUCUCGAUCAGGUCUAGCUAGGCCAUCGACAAAUGCCUCCUCUAAUAGCAAUCCUCCUCCCCGAACCCACCACCGUAUUCCCCUUGAUGAACACUUAAACAAACCUCUUAAGCCCCACGUAUGGAUGAGUGGAAGUAAGUUAUGGACACGACGAGAAAUAGAUCGAGCACGAAUAGAAUUCUUCGACACUCGCGUGACGGGGAGACCUGAAAUAUGGCAAGCUAUAAGAGCUUCAUUGGAAGCAAUGUGGAAAGGUGGAGAGCCUGGUGAGGAUGAUGGGGGUCUAGCAACUGCGCAAAUGAUAUUGAAUGCGGCAGAAAUCACGCUACCAGAUGGAGAUAUGGCAAUCAGGGGAUGUUAUGACAGUACAGGUGCAUUAUAUCGUGUACCCGAACAUGUUGUUUCCGAUCCAGCGAAUAUCUUGGACGAUACUACGGCAGAUGCAACAGGGAAGAGCGAUGAUGAAGGAGACCUGGCGGAGGAAAGUGAGGAAGUCGAUGAGGAAAUAUUAAGGAGGAGAGAAACGAAAGGGAAAGCCAAGGCGAAAGAGAUGAUAUCAGUGAAAGCGAGAUUCCAACACGGUAUCAAUGGAGAUAUAGUGUUCAAAAUUGGGAAGAACGAUUCGGUGCGCUCACUUAUCAAAAUAAUAACGCAGAGGCUUGAGAUUUCUCCACCCAAGCAUGUGAAAAUCAAUUAUAUGGGCAAGCUCCUCAAAGAAAGCGCCUCAUUGGCAGCACAAGGGUGGCAGGAAGGUCACAUUGUUAAUGCUUGGGUACUUGAGUCAGACAAAACAACGUCGAAUUGAGAGUCGUAGUGAAGUUGUAUAUAAUAACGGCCCUCGCUCAGCACUUCCUCUGCAAACGACAUUACGAACUAACAACAGUUUUCUUGUUAUUCCUCUGGGUAAUACCCCAUCCAUACUUGGCGUUAUAGGAUAGGCUUCAACGGAUGGAACGAAUCUGGUUGGAAUAACUUGGUUGGUUCAGCCUGCGUAUUCAUACACCUGAUCUAUCGGCGAAUUGUCAUAUGAUUUUUUUUUAAGUUAUACCCCUCCUCUUCAUACCGAACAUGUCGCGCAAUACGCACCUACAUAAUUAAUAAAAUUCAAUAUUAGAACUACCCCUGGUAUCUAAUAUUCCAGCAUGGCAGAAGAUAUGUGAAUGUUUGAG